CACACACACACACACAGACAGACAUAGCCUCCUACUGCACAUUCACAUGGAGAGAGAUUCACUUGCACAGGGGGACUCAGACAGACAGGCAGCAGUUAGUCUCUGGCUCACUAUGACUGAAUAACCCUACCUCAGCUUCUAGUGGAAGUGACACACUCUCUCACACACACUUAAACUCUCUCAGACACACGCCCACACACACACACACACACUACGGAGGCGCACAAGGGAGUGAGUGACAGGCUACAUAAGGAUCCUCUGUGAACAGCAUCUGACCUGGGACCAGCCGAAGGACAGAAUGGGACUGUGGACUUCUAUGAUCCUGGGCACCCAGCUGAUCCUGAGUCUGGGCUCUCUUGCCAGAGCUCAGGGUUCAGUGUACGAUCUCCUGACGUCUCCGGAGUGCCUGCCGGACCUGCUCCAGGGUGGGCUGGCUGAGCAGGGGGUCAACGAGGCCUUCAUCCUCACCACCUUCAAGCUGCAGCCCAAGAUGGGAGCCACUGUGUUCGGCUUCUACAACCCCCGGGACAACAGCAAGUACUUUGAAUUCACCAUUCUUGGCAAACUCAACCGAGCCGUACUGCGUUUCCUGAGGAAAGACAGGAGGAUGUCCUCUGUCACCUUUAACAACCUGGACCUGGCGGACGGGCAGCGCCACCGUCUGAUGUUCCACCUGAAGGGCAUGCAGCAGCAGGGCCCGGGCGGGGUGGAGCUCCACCUGGACUGCCGGCUGGUGGAGACCGUGAGGGACCUCCCUGCCGUCUUCCAGGGCCUGCCUCAGGGGUACGGGGUGGUGGAGCUCAAGGCCAUGCAGGGGAAGGAGCAGGAGGAGCUGGAGGAGCUGAAGCUGGUGGUCGGUGACACGUUUGAGAACGUUGCCUCUCUUCAAGACUGUCACCAGCAGAGAGACUCCGUCCAAACCCUAGGGGUCAACACAAAGCAGCUGUCCAAUCAGAUGUUGGAACUGACCAAGGUGAUAAACGAGCUGAAAGACGUCCUCAUUCAGCAGGUCAAAGAGACAUCGUUUCUCAGGAACACCAUCUCAGAGUGCCAGGCCUGUGGGCUCGGGGGAACGGAGGUGGUGAGAGCGCGCUGCGGCCCGGGCGUGUGUUUCCGUGACACGGUGUGCUCGGAGACGGCAGAAGGGAUCGAGUGUGGGCCCUGUCCUGACGGUUACACAGGAGACGGCUUCAGCUGCGAUGAUGUAGAUGAGUGCCAGUUUAACCCUUGCUUCCCUGGGGUCAAGUGUGUGAACACGGCGCCAGGGUUCCGUUGUGACGCAUGUCCGCACGGCUACAGCGGCCUGGCAGUGGAGGGAGUAGGAGUGGUCUACGCUCAGACAAACAAGCAGAUUUGUGAUGACAUCGAUGAGUGCAGAGGGCCCAACAAUGGGGGCUGCACGGCCAACUCUCUGUGCCACAACUCUGUGGGCUCCUACAAAUGCGGGGGGUGUCAGACAGGCUUCACAGGGGACCAGGUGAAAGGAUGUAAACCAGAGAGGAGCUGUGGAAACAGUCUUACCAACCCGUGCGACACGAAUGCCAUCUGUAACGUAGAGCGAGACGGGUCCAUCUCCUGUCAGUGUGGGAUUGGCUGGGCCGGUAAUGGUUACCUGUGUGGGAAGGACACAGAUAUCGAUGGAUACCCCGAUGAAAAACUCAAGUGCAAAGACUUAAACUGCAAAAAGGACAACUGCAUGUUCGUCCCCAACUCUGGCCAGGAAGACGCUGAUAAGGACAGCCUGGGAGACGCGUGUGACGAGGACGCCGAUGGAGAUGGCAUCCUCAACGAGCAGGACAACUGUUGGCUGAAGCCUAACGUGGACCAGAGGAACAGUGACAAGGACAGCCACGGUGACGCGUGCGACAACUGCCGCACGAUAGAGAACCCAGACCAGAGGGACACCGACAGCGACGGGAAGGGAGACGCUUGCGAUGACGACAUGGAUGGAGACGGUCUAAAGAACUUCCUGGAUAACUGCCAGCGGGUCCAGAACAGGGACCAGUUGGACAGAGAUGGAGAUGGAGUGGGAGACGCCUGCGACAGCUGUCCUGAUAUCCCCAAUCCUAACCAGUCGGACAUCGAUAACGACCUGGUUGGGGAUUCCUGUGACACCAACCAAGACAGUGAUGGUGACGGCCACCAGGAUACCAAGGACAACUGUCCCCAGGUGAUCAACAGCUCCCAGCUGGACACGGACAAGGAUGGCCUGGGGGAUGAGUGUGACGACGAUGACGACAAUGAUGGAGUCCCUGACACCUUGCCGCCUGGCCCAGACAACUGUCGUCUUGUCCCCAAUCCUGACCAGCAGGAUGACAACAACGAUGGUGUCGGAGACAUUUGUGAGUCAGACUUCGACCAGGACAAGGUGAUUGACAGAAUCGACAACUGCCCGGAGAACGCCGAGGUCACGCUGACAGACUUCAGAGCCUAUCAGACGGUGGUGCUGGACCCGGAGGGUGACGCCCAGAUCGACCCCAAUUGGGUGGUCCUCAACCAGGGAAUGGAGAUUGUGCAAACUAUGAACAGUGAUCCAGGACUUGCUGUUGGCUACACCGCGUUCAGCGGUGUGGACUUUGAGGGGACAUUCCACGUGAACACGGUGACGGAUGAUGACUACGCCGGCUUCAUCUUCGGCUACCAGGACUCGUCCUCCUUCUACGUGGUCAUGUGGAAGCAGACAGAGCAGACCUAUUGGCAGGCCACGCCCUUCAGGGCCGUGGCAGAGCCCGGGAUCCAGCUCAAGGCAGUGAAGUCUAAGUCAGGUCCAGGUGAGCACCUGAGGAACUCCCUGUGGCACACAGGUGACACCAACGACCAGGUGCGUCUGCUGUGGAAGGACCCCAGAAACGUGGGCUGGAAGGACAAAGUGUCCUACCGCUGGUACCUCCAGCACCGCCCGCAGGUCGGAUACAUCCGGGCUCGGUUCUAUGAGGGCACAGAGCUGGUGGCUGACUCUGGGGUGACGAUUGACACCACCAUGAGAGGAGGACGCCUGGGAGUGUUCUGCUUCUCCCAGGAGAACAUCAUCUGGUCUAACCUCAAGUACCGCUGCAAUGACACCAUUCCUGAGGACUUUCAGGAGUUCAGCACCCAGCACGGCGUCGACGGACUCUAACCCGCUGAAAGAAGAGAGAGAGAGACCCCGAGAGAGACUAGACUGAGAGAGACAGUCUCUCUACGUCUGUACGUAGUGUAUAUGGCGUGUGGUUGCGUGUGGUCAUUUGUGCGUGUGUGUAGAUGUGUGUACACAGCUUUUGUACUUUGUUUGGUACGUUUCACCCUCGCCUGUACCCCCCUCCCACCCCACUCUCAACCCCUUUUAUAAAAUGUCUCAAGCUGAUUUAGUGUAUCAUACAAUGACACAACAACUGGUUGGAAGCUCAUUUUCACUCAUUACCUCCCAUGUCUUUCCGCAUUUCAUACAUUUUCCAUUUCAUGUUACCAUAUUUCUGCAAUACCAUAGUCGCCACCUACUACAUACAGUGUCAGCCAUUUUUUACGCUUCCUUUCCCUUUCAAAAGCUUUUGUACUCAGAAAGUUAGCUCUCUAGGGACAGGUCACAGUCUCCAGCCUAACAGGGUGGGAGGUGUGGAGACAGAUGACUCUGGGCGUAGUUCUAUCCAUGACUAGUUUUGUUUCAACCUAAUCAGCCCCUCUCUACCACCAGCUACUGUACUAUAGUUGUACACUCUUCGAAACUUCCCCCAUAUAGGGAAAUCUUGGAGGAAAGAAACAAUGGAGUGCAAAAAAAAAAAAAGAUUCCAGAACAACAUCCCAGUGCCUGGUGUCAGUGUAGACAUGAGUGUUCUCACACGUUAAGAAUUGCUGUCACGUCGAUUCUCUUUUUGUGCGUGUGAUGUCAUCAAAGAGAGAAAUUAAACGUUUUCAAAGAUG